UCAUAUUCAGUAUAAUCUGUCUACAUGAACUAAACUUUUCGCCCUUCACUGAUUGUUCUCAUCCCAUCCCGUCCUCGCUUUCAGUGGCGGUUUGCCAAGCCUGUUGCUUAGUCACUCGAUGCCUGGCUUAGUGUCCUAAAAAUCCUGGCAAUCCGCCCUUCCGAGUUAAGGAAACCAACAUCCAUCUUCUAGCCAGUACCACCCGGCUCAACUCAGGCUGACUACCUCGAAUCUUUACCUCUUUUCUGGUGCCUCCUUGCUUACCCAAUAGAGAUUAUUAUUGUCUUCCUAUCUUGCAUCAAUAUAGACUUUUUGGUCUCGGAGUCGCCCGGCCUAAAUCUUCGAUUCCUCCCAGGGACAUCUCCGCCCAUCUCAAUUGACGGCGGGGUUGGAACUACGCUAUGGGUGACGGUUCUGAUUAUCCUAGCCCACGAAGCGAAGGUCCUGGCGGACCAACCUCAGUUCUAGUCACUACCCAGGAAUCGCUUGCUCCAGUACCCAAGAUGAACGAACAACUCCCACCCAACUUCAUGGAAGGGGCGCGUCCUCGACUGUCGGUGAGGCGAGCGCGGGAUCCGCCCAAGAACUCUGCAGGCCAAAUUUACUGCGAUCACCCCGAAUGCCAACAAUCGCCUCCCACUUUUCGCCGUCCAUGCGAGUGGAAUAAACACAUGGACAAACACGACCGCCCCUACAAGUGCUUGGAACCCGGGUGUGACAAGAUUCAGGGAUUCACAUACUCAGGCGGUCUAUUGCGACACCAGCGCGAGGUGCAUAAGAAAAAUAUCAAUGCCAAGAAACCGCUGAUGUGUCCCUACGCCGAUUGCAAUCGCAGUACAGGAAACGGAUUCACGCGUCAGGAGAACCUGAAGGAACACCUUCGACGUCGCCACAUGCACACCGAGAAUGGACAUGCAUCAGACCUGCCCAUUGCUCCUUCGCCCGAAUUGGAUGGCGCCGCAGCUCUGGGUGUUCCUCCAACCUUGAAGCGCAAGCGCGAUUCUAUUGAUGAUGAUCCCACCCUGGAUCUUUCCGAAGACGGCGGAAACGGUGUUACUCUUCGUAACGAGCUCAAAAGACUGCAGCUUGAGGUUCAGGAAAAAGACCGUCGGUUGGAAGAACUUGAGAGAAUUGUCGCGGGUCUGCAGCAAGCUAUACCGCAGACUGCGACGUCUCAAGGAUAGAUACUCCGAGGCAAAGACUUUCGACGACUUAUACGUUUACAAUCCCCCUUCUCUUCAAUUUGUUUGUGUCAUUCUUUGUCCCAAGACACUUUUCAUUUAUGGUCUGCGCUAAGUGGUUUGCAUUCGAUGGGCGUCUAUUAUGCAAAGUACGGGCCUUGGGUUCGCGCGAUUCUGUCUACAACAUCAGUGGGAGGUUCGUUUAUAUGGUUUGGCUACGUCUCAGAAUGCGCGGAUGAGAAUCAAGCAGCUCUGAAGAUAUGGCGU